UUAAUAUGUAUUAUAUAUAUCUUUAUGUUUCGUUAUCAAAAUCAUCAGUUAAUUAAAGUUGAAGUAAAACGGUUUUGGUUGAUAUAAUCUUAGACUAAAUUUGCGGAAGUCAUAUUACACAAACGUAAAAAUUGCAAAAUGCAACCAAAAGCGCACAACCUCACUGUAAUUUCCCAUAAUUUUUAAACAUAACACUUUUACAACAUAACAUAGCUUUUUGUUCUACAAGUAUAUUAUAAAGAUAUCUAUAUAAGACUUAAGAUAGAAAUUAUCAGAUUAAGGUUAAGAUGAGUCGAAUCCUUGAGUUGGUCAACUGUGAUCAAUUCAUCGCCUUUUAUAGGGAGAAUCGACAUAAAACAGUUAAUUUAUAUGCUACUUUAGAUGAUCCAAAAAUCUCUAAAGUUUAUCAUGAUGGGUUGAAUGAAUUAAAGGAAAUCUUGAAAGAUAUUGAUUUCGAUGAAGAAUGUCUGACUUCAACUGAGUUCAAAGAAUUUUUAGAACUUUGGAAACGCUAUGCUGAUAAGUACAAAUUAUUACUCCUAAUGAUCUACAAGUUAAACAACCUGCAUUAUAUAAACAAUGAUUUCGAUAUUGAAAGUGUGAAAUUAUAUAAAAAAAUAAAUUUACGUUAUCAUUCAAUAGUGGUUUUUCAAAUUAGAAAUUCAUACCCUUUGGUUGAUUCACUACAAGUCAUGGACUUUAAGAGGUACUCUGAACAAACAAAAUUAUUCAGAGACAAAGUGAUAUCUAAGUCAAAUUAUACACUUGAAAUCAACAAAUCAAACUUUGAAGUCUUACUAAAUUCAACCGAAAACAAAAGAUUAAAAACCAAUGUGAAUCCUUCUUCAACAUUUAAUUCUUUCAUAAGUGAAUCUGGAUUUUACUUUCCAUUGGCUGAAAGAGAAAAUACCAGAUUAAUAGAAUCAAACUUGAAAAUAUUUGACAUAAUCCCCAAUAAAAUAUCAGACUUUAAUAUAGAAAAAAUUCCUGACCAACCUAAUAGAGACGAAGACCUGAGUAUCUUAUCAUACUUAUUUGAUCUAUUAGUUAGUUCUCGUAGCCUAUUUUUAGGGUUUAGAUCUUUUAUCAAAAUUCUGCAACAAGAAACAGUGAGAUUAGAACCAGAAACUAUGGAAAAUUGGGACCAAAUUAAUUUGUUUAGAUUGGCAUGGGUUCAUAUUAUUAUCCAAGUUAAAACUAUUCGUGUACCUUUAGAAAUUAAACUUGAUGGACUUAAAUUUAAUUAUCAAAGUUUUAUUAAUUCAAAGGAUAAAUCAGAUACAGCAAGUAGAAAAUUUAUAGAAGUCUUUCUGACUGCAUUCCAUAAAGCUUUAAUUUGUAAAUCUAACUCAUUUUUCAUUUCUGAUGGGGAAUUUAUAGUGGGAGUUGUCUUAGAACCAAAUGCUUUGGGAGAAGGAUCGGAUUCAUCCAAUGUGCAUGGUUUAAAGUCUAAGCUAUUUUCAUAUGAUGCUAAAUUAGGAUCAUUUUCAGUAGCUAUUUUCAUUAUCAUGUUUGUUAUCAUUUAUGCAAAAGCCAUACCAGAACCCAUGUAUGCUCGUCUUAUAGAUUCAAUGGUUAUGACUAAAAAGCAAAGAGAAUUUCAAUGGGAAAUGAAUUAUCAAUUAUUAGAGAAAUUUGUUAAUAUAAUUUCAACAGUUCCAACUCCUGAUUCAAUGCCAGAAAAUAUUCAAUUAGCUGCCAUACAUGAUACGGAGAAAAAUAUCCUUCAAGAAUACGUUUCACUCCUUGAAUUCUCCAAAUUAUUCAAAAACAUUGUAUUUAAAGAUUUCAAUUCAAUCAACAUUCUGUCAAUACUAAGAGGUGAUGAUUUUCAAGAAAGCCACUCCGUUAUUGUAGAAGAUACUGACGGUAGCAUAUACAAGAUCUUUGACCCAAUAAGAAGUAAGGUAAAUAAUAACAAUACAACUUCUUUUAAUGAAAGAUUCAGUAUAGUUUUUGAUUCAUUUGUUCGUGAAGCUUCCACUCAUAUGUUUAUAAAUGAAGAUUUCCAGUUUAAACCAAAAUGUUUGGAAAUUGGGUAUCUUAGAAAUGAUAAUAAAACAUUUAUGCACACAAUAAGCUAUCAAAAAGAAAUAUCUCUUAGUGGAUUUUAUAUUAAAAUGAUGAAAUUAGAAGGUGAAAAUCUUGAAGAAAUUUGGAAUGAAAAUUGGGCUCCAAAAUUAAGAGAAGUUUUACAAAAUCUUCAUAAAUUGAAUGUAAGUCAUGGAAACUUACAACUAGGAAACUUCAUGUAUGAUAGAACAAACUAUUCAAUUUAUGUCGUUGAUUUUGGAAGGCUGAAUAAAACUUGUGAUAUGCAGACAUUGCAAGAACUGAUGAAGAAGGAUUGUGAAGACUUAGAAAUCAUGAUUACUGACAGAAUUUCAGAACCAGAUUCUCGUAGUUGUACCUUAAGUGAAAUUGAAGCUAAAUAUAGUUAGUGUAAAAAUACAUAUUCCACUGCAGUUGGAUUAUUAAAGUGAUAAACAGUUAAUCUUACUUUUAACAACUGUAUUUACAACUAAUA